AUGGCAGCAAUGAGAAAUUUUCUCGGAUUCAUUGCAUUUUGUGCAUUCUGCUCGGCUCAAAAUUGCGAUUAUUCAUCAAAUGAUCAACAAGUAACAUGGAGAAUACAAAAUGGAUCCAUGCUUAUUACUUAUCAAAAAUUGAAUGCCAGGAAUAAUGAAUGGAGUGCUAUUGCUUGGGGAGAAAGAAUGCAAAAUCUCAAAGUGCUUGUGUUCGAAGUGAACAACAAUCGAGUAUCAGUCAAAACCGGGAGCACUUCUGGUUACGGACCACCACAGUUGGAUAAUCAACUUCGCGGAACUGUUCAAAAUGUUCAAUACACAGGAAAUACCUUGAAAGCUGUUGUGAAUGUGCCUUUAAAUAUCAACGAUAUCAAUCUUCAAGCCUGUCAGACCUGGAACUUCAUAUCAAGCGGGCCAUUGAAUAAUGGACAGAUUGGAUACCACACAUCACCUCCAGUUCAAAUUCAAAAUGUAUGUCCGGAACAUUGCCUAUAA